AUGUCGUCAAGCCAUGGGUUCAACCUGACAAGUCUCCUCAAGAUUACCUCAAAUUAUACAGUAUCGCAUGGAUUAGAUGGAUAUUGGGGCCCAGUGACCUCCACGCUAGACUGGUGCGAAGAGAACUAUAUCGUCUCCCCAUACCUUGCCGAAUACUGGAACUCGACUACCAACCUCGUCUUCCUUGUCUGGCCUUUGAUUGGGCUGUAUUCCUGCUGGAAGACGGGAGCGGAAAAGAGAUUUUGGGCAAGUUUUGCUGCUUUGAUGUGCGUGGGGACAGGAAGUUUCCUCUUCCAUGGAACCCUGCGAUACGCUAUGCAGCUUUUGGAUGAGCUUCCCAUGGCGAUGGGCACUUGUGUCUUUGUCUACUGCCACCUUCAAAUGUUUUCCAAGAAGCUCUCGCCCUCCAUCAUCCUUGGUCUCUUCCUUACCUUCCUUCUGACCUGUACAGCUUAUCUCGUCAUCCAAACGCCGAUUCUAUUCCAAGCGGCCUUUGCCACCCUAACGCUCCUCCAACUCUUCAUCGGCCUUUACAACCUUUACAAAAUUUCCAAAGUCAACCCGAAAGCUGGUCGGACCCUGGGCAGAAUGACGGCAGUCUGCGUCGCUUCCAUGUUGACAGCCUUUGUCCUUUGGAACACUGAUCAAUUGCACUGUGGUACCAUUCAGGAACACCGCAAUCGGUUGGGUUAUCCUUUCCGAGUCGGGUUGGAACUACACGCUUGGUGGCACUUGUUGACAGGGUACAGUGGGUAUACUAGUGUAGUAGCCAGUCAAUACGGCAGAGCUCUUGCCCUUGGACGGGAGGAUGUUAGUUUGACAUGGCCAGCACCCGCACCUGCUGCGGAGCCUUUCGACGCUCCACUGACUCGCCCAACGGAAAUUCCAUUCAAGCCUGACGUCCCUUUUCCUCCGUCUCUGUGCCCUCCCGCUCACUUACCUACCACCUCACACCAACCCGCACAACACUAUGCGUCCUUGACCUGGGGCAAAGAAAUGUCUUCAUCGGGUUACCCAACCCACGCAGCUAACCAAACGGUUCCUGUUCCCGUUCAAUUACAUGUCCCCUAUCCUCAGCCAUUUAUCACUGCGCCCGCCGCGGACGUUGUUGGACCCUCGGCCGCUGUGAGUCCCAUGCCAGUGUCAGCACCCGUCGCUCAGGGAUGGACUGCCGAGUCGUCCACCGGAUACACUAGCACCAAAAAAGCUCGUCGUUCAUCCCGACCACAAUUGAGUAGCGUCCACUGGCAAGGGCCUCCUGCACCUGCUACCUGCAUGCAGCAGCAGACCCAAUCCAUUUCCAACCAUCAGCACAAUAUUGAUUUCUCCCGACGCUAUUCUAUGGGCAGCACUGCACCCACGUCUCCCCCACCCAUGUCGCAGGGCGCACCAGUCCCAUUCCGGAAGGACUCUCUCCAGCCUCAACACCCACCGUCCUACUCAGCACAACCACAGCAACCGCCCAUGCAACGCCGCUACACUUAUCACUUGGGGGAUGACGAUGUCCCUUUACGACCUCAAGGAAUAGCUGGAUGGGCUUCAUCCAUCAUGAACCGAGUCGAUUCGGUCGGAAACAAGAUUGUGGAUGCAUUGGGAUUUGGGGCACCGAUGAGUACCGCUCCUUGGGACAUGCGACACAAGUAUGAUCAGGCACCACUAACCCACGUCGGGGUUGCGCGACCGUCUGGUGAGAAGGGUGCAAGUCCAGUCAAGCAUGCAGCUUUGCAUCAGUCCUACGAUCCAUCUGCUCUCGUUUAA